GGGGGCACUCGAACUACCAUCGUCCAAACCUUUAUUCAUAGCAAGGAAUCACACAAUAAGGAGGUUCUUGACAAAGCCAUUAUUUCUUUGUCCCAACAAUGGGCCGGAGAGCAAAGACAAUUGUCACGAGGCCAGUUGAUAUAAAAGUUUGGUUUGCCAGUUUUCUUUAAGCAUUCUUCUCCAUUCUCACGCCAACCACUUUGAGUGCGAUCAUCAUCUCGGAGAUAUUUCUUUCGGAUCUGUCUUCGGGUAUUCGUUUUGGUAAUUGGGCAGCUCGGCGACAAAGUUCCUAGGUAGACGCUACCUAGUAGGUAAGUAAAUUCGACCAUUGAUAGACUCAAUAACGUCGUACAGAUUAUUUCGUCGCCAAGUUGCGAAAGGUAGGUAAGAUGCAGUUUCUCACCAGGAAACCCGUGUGUCUAUGCCAUGAAGGCACGCGACGAAGCGGUGCCGUGUUGAAGCUGUUGCAGCAAGGUUUUAAGCCGACUCGUUCUGGAAAAUGUCCCGCAUGCACGGUCGGGCAUCAUCGAGAGGGAAAGGUAUUGGAUAAACUCCCCGCGAGCAUAGAGUCCCUCGCAGGAACAGGUAAGCCAAUCGAGUCCGCUAGAGGAUAUGGAGACGAUAACGCAUCUGGUCGUUUGUCGAUUAUCCAGAUCAUUUCGGAAUACGCUUGCGGUCUUACUAUCGAGGAGGAGAUUGAUAUCGCUAAUCGAGUGUAUGCGCAGCUGAAGAUGGAGAAUCAUCCGUUGACGUACGCGGGUUGGGAACUGUUCGUCGAGGUAUUCUCGGAUAGUGUGUUCACGCAGAUCCGGAGUGUUAUUCACGCCCAGCUUAGCUUCUUCUGGGAUAACAAGGUAAGUGGUGCGGAACUAUUCUUUUGA